GGCCAGGCUGGGAGCACCAGGGGGUGCAGAAGUGGGACGGGGCUCCCCGGCUGGCCAGGGGGAAGGAGGGCUCCCCAAGGUUGGGCAAGGGAAAGCCAGGCCAAGAGAAACACCUAUCAACUGGAUAACACCACCUAGCAUCAAGACAUUAAAACAUCACAGUCAGCAAGUUUUGGAAUCAUGAACGUGAAUCUGGAUGAAUUUGAAACCAAUUUGGAGAAUACAGUACACAGCACAGAGGAACAAGACAAUGAAAUCUGGAGGACGUACACCGAGAGAAGCAACCUCGUACGGCAGUACCUGCAAUCCAAUCUGAGCCUCCACGUCCUUGAGAUGCAUGAGAAGAAAGUGGAGCUUCUGAAGAAGUGUUGCUAUUACCUCGAGGUUCUGCCCACGUUUUUGAUCCUGAGAGAUCAGAAUCUCUUGGCGCUUCCUACCAGCAUCUUCCAAGUAAUCGACCCCUGGAAAUUCCAGAGGGUGAAGAAAAUGGCAAAAUCCCAGACUGAAGUCCAUCUGCAGCUUUUAACCCACCUGUUAGAAGAGCUGCAACAAGGUCGGGAGGAGCUGGUCUGCUACGUAGAGACCUGUGAUAUGGUAACCUUCCUCUCCAAGUGGGACUUAAUUAAGCAGAGAAUGUCAGACCUCUCCAACAUAAUGAACAAAUUCAUUUCCAUUCAAGUGUCAAGAAGACUCUACACCAAGCACCGACUGGUGUCAUGUGCAGAUAUUAGAGGGAACAAAAUACCAGACAUCAGGCUUUUUCUCUGUGCAAAGAUGCCAGUUAUGUUCGAUCGAAAGGAAUCAUUUGCACACAGGAACUGGGCCCAUCUCAAGUGGUCUACCGAAAAUCAAGAGACACCCCACGAACAAUAUGAACUGCAUUUUAAGUUACUGAAGUGUGGAACUCAGGCAGAAUUUGGACACUGUGGGCUGAUGACACGUACUACCAACAACUGUGUAGUCCAGGGCCUGCUGCCUGACCGAUCAUACGAGUUCAUGAUCAGAAGAGCAGAAACAUACACGCUUGUCUAUGAACUAUGGCAUGACACCAUCACACUGACGACAAAAGCUAACGUAGCUGAAGACAAAAGCACCUGAGGACCAAAGGAUGAGGUGGCUGACAGGAAUGUUUUCUCAUAUUUUCCAUAUGAACAAAGUGAAUGAGAAGAAGAAUAAAGAAAAAAUAUUUAA